AUGAACAGCCUGGUGGCCACGCCUCCUGUCCCUCCCCAUUUCUACGAGCCCCCUCGACUUUCUCCCUCCCGUAUAAUGUCGACACCAUCUUCCUACACCAGCCGCAAACGGAAAGCCGACGAUGAUGGCAAUGACCACGAUGGACGCAUGUCUGCCUCCCCGACCAACUCACCUGCUUUCACUCCUCGCCAGCUCCCUGCCUUCCGCAAUGUGAAGCGUACCCGACCAAACGUUUCAGGCCGACCGCUUUCCCUACCACGCCUCCUUGAGACCCUCGACACAGAUGCGCUCCGAUCGGUAGUCCGCACCAUGUGCGAGCGCCACCCCCAGCUCGUCGACGAGGUCGUGCACACAUCGCCACGGCCCAACGUCUCGUCGACCCUCCAGGUGCUACGAAAUUACCAGGCCACCCUGCACUCGUCGUUUCCGCUGGGUGGCAACACUGCCUCCGACUACGCCUACAACCGAGCUUCGAUUUCCCUGAGCUAUUUGGACGGUGCCACAGACAUCAUCCACGCCCUGCCACGCUGGAACACGCCACAGAACAACAUUGAACGUGACUCGGCCUAUGACGAGAUCUGCAAAGCCUGGAUCCUGGUGAUCCGCGAGGCUGCCAAGCGCGGCGGUGGCAUCCAGCUGCAGUACGGAGGUUGGGACCAGAAGCUGGCCAAGCACAAUCAGUCUUCUGGGGGCAAGCUCCAGGCUGCGGUCAACGAGCUGGGCUCGAGCCUUGGAUGGAUGGGUGGAUCGGACACUCAGUCUCACGGUGCUGGCGGCAGUGAACUGGGUUCCAUACGGGACCAGCUUCUGUCGGGAACGUACGGGCUUGGAACGCCCGUCAAGGUUGGACCGUGGUGA